UAUUCCACCUCGCCUCCUCGAGUUGCCGUCUAGUUCCCCUCGGGUCUCCUCCGCUCCCGGGGAUCCUCGCCGUCUCCCACCAAAUCGCCUCGCCUCUCCUCUCCUCUCCUCCAGAUCUCCGCCCGGCGACGCGGAGGCCCCAGUCCGGCGCCAUUCGGCCGGAGCCGCCCCGCUCCGGGCUCAGUCUGCCGGCGGUGAUGCCGCGGACAGCGGCGCUCCUCCUCCUGCUCGCCUUCUCGGCCGCCGCCGUCGCAGCAGCAGCCGAGGUGAAGGAUAGUACCGCUGGUAUCCUACCAGCAGGAGGAAACAAUGGUACCGGUAUAGAGGAUCCAGGUGUUGGGAGGACAGGGCAGAAUGGCGAGGCAGAUCCUACCACGCAACAGAAAGUACAUGAGGAGGGGGAGCUCAAGAAAUUCAUUACCGAGAACACUAACACGGAUAAUUCCAUGGAAGGAACCAGCACCGGGAAAGAUGAGCCAGUACAGAAACCAAAUGACAAAGAUGGCAACGCAACAUCCUCGACGGACUUGGUCGGAGAAUGUGAUCCAUCCCAUAGAUGUCUCAUUGAAAAACAGAGGUUCAUCGCUUGCUUGAAAGUUUCCGGAGAUUCGUCAGCUCUAUCCCUUUUGAUGGACAACAAAGGCACAAACCCACUUGAUGUUAGCAUAACGGCUCCAGAUUAUGUCAUCUUAGCAGAAGAUACAGUUCAUGUUGAAGCAAACGGUCACAAUGAGACGCAGGUGAGUGUUUCUGUCAGCGAUACCGUGAAUGACAUGGCGAUAGUUCUCAAAGUCGCAGAAGAAACCUGUAAAAUCAAUCUUGAGACCGCAGUCACAAGGAACACAGGCCGAGUGAUACCAAUGCGGCUUACUCCGACCUACAUGCUGGUGCCCGUAUUUGUUCUCCUUGGGCUGGCGGGACUAUGUGUCAAACUCCGUAGGGCGCGGAAGCAAUAUGGUGGGCCAGCAUACCAGAAACUCGACGCACCAGAGCUACCGGUCUCCAUUGGAGGGAAGAAAGAAGCUGAUCAGCCUGACCAGUGGGAUGACAACUGGGGAGAUGACUGGGACGACGAGGAGGCGCCGUCAACACCGUCGAACUCCAUGCCCAACCUGUCGUCGAAAGGUCUGGCUUCGAGGAGGUCGACCAAGGAUGGCUGGAAAGAUUAGCCGCCGGUCGGAUGUCUAUAUCAACGCCUAUAUUUUUCUCUCCUGUCUUUCUUGAAGAGUUUUUUUUUCCCUUAGCUUUUUUGAUAGGUUUCACUGAGGAGACCACUAGAGAAUGUAAUACGCUGGUAACACUAGAAGAAAUAUGAAUGCUAUUUUUUGCUAGUUUUAUGUUACUGGUGAAUGAAUGCAGUAUUUUAGUGGCACGUUCUGUA